AUGUAUUCCGGAAAGGAUGCAGGGGUAAACUUAGUUCAUAUCGAAUCAAGGCCCUCAAAACAAAGAAAAAAGUUCUACGACUUUUUGGUCAUUACAGAGAAAGGAUCCGGCAAUGUUGAAGAAGCCACGAAUAAUCUGAAGAAGAUCGGAGUUAUGGUGAUUGUUUUGGGGCCACGUGCUGACGUUGGACAUCCAGCAGAACUGUCGGAAAUACCGUGGUUUCCAAGAUCUAUCAAGGAACUAGACAAAUUCGCCAACCGUAUCCUGAAUUACGGUGCCGAGUUGGACGCAGAUCAUCCAGGAUUUAAGGAUCCUGAAUAUCGUGCUCGUCGAAAACAGUGCGCGGAUAUUGCAAUUAACUAUCGCCAUGGUCAACCAAUUCCCCACAUCGAGUACACACCAGAAGAAAUAGAAACUUGGGGCAAGAUGUUUGACAAACUGACCGAGUUAUAUCCAACACACGCAUGCCGCGAAUACAAUCAUGUUUUUCCUCUGCUUGUGGAAAACUGUGGAUACCGCCGGGACAACAUUCCCCAACUUGAUGUCGUCUCCGACUACUUGAAAAGUUGCACUGGUUUUACUCUACGUCCAGUGGCUGGUCUCUUGUCGUCACGCGACUUCCUCGCAGGACUGGCUUUUCGCGUGUUUCAUUCAACGCAGUACAUCCGCCAUUCUUCACUUCCCUUAUACACUCCAGAGCCCGAUGUGUGUCACGAAUUAAUGGGUCACGUUCCUUUGUUCGCCGACCAGGAAUUUGCACAGUUCUCACAAGAAAUAGGCCUUGCUUCACUGGGUGCUAGUGACGAAGAUAUUAUAAAAUUAGCGUCGUGCUACUGGUUUACCGUGGAAUUCGGAAUAUGUAAGGAGGCCGGAGGACUUCGAGCUUAUGGUGCUGGGUUGCUAAGCUCCUAUGGAGAACUGAAGUACUGCCUUUCGGAUGAGCCUACACGCGUCCCAUUUGAACCGACCGAAGCCGCCUCUCAGUCCUACCCGAUCACCGAAUAUCAACCAAAGUAUUUUGUGGCGGAGAAUUUCGCAAGUGCAAAAGCAAAAUUCAGGAACUUUGCCCAAUCAAUCAAAAGACCGUUCUCCGUACGUUACGACCCGUACACCCAAUCCGUUGAGGUGGUCAAUUCUAUUCAAAACGUUCAGAAAAUUGUCAAGAAUCUGCAGGCGGAGAUCUCCGUCGUGCAGGAGGCAUUAAGCAAACUGCAAAGCUGGCGAUCACACCAGCCGCCAUUGUUCGCUAAUAUUGUCUCAUCAAAGUUUAGGAAUGUAAGGGCUCUGUGUACAGAAAAGGCUGAUCGGACAGGAGCCCAAAUUGAGUUAAAGAACAAACUUCGGCGCAGUGGAUAUCCAGCCAGCUUGAUUAGGCAUCAAUUGCGGAGGGUGUUAGUACCGGUAGCGAAACCCAACAGGGAAUGGAUCGGGACAGCUGUUAUUUCAUAUAAACCAGGAACAUCGGAGCUUUCCAGAGGGCGAAAACUGGUGCAAUUGAAGGAUGGCCUCCCGACAAACAGAACCAGGGACUGUGUCAAUAUAACGAAGUGUAGUGACUGCAACAAGGUCUAUAUAGGACAGACGGCCAAGGAACUGCACAUCAGAUUCGGAGAGCCUAGUAGAAAAAUAAACCGGCAGCCGAGAAACGCAGAUGAAUGUCAAGUGUUACUGAAAGACUCGGCUAUUGCGGAACGCUAA